CACAAUGAGGAACUCCUCUACCUUUCUGGCAGCCACUCUCUCAAUGGUCAUUUUUCUCCUUCUAAUUCCUGAAGAUCUCUGUGUAAAAAUUAUUGGAGGAAAUCAAGUGGCUCCUCAUUCAAGACCCUACAUGGUGCUACUUCAAGGGAAAAAUAUCUGUGCCGGGGCUUUGAUUGCAAAAGACUGGGUAUUGACUGCAGCUCACUGUAACCUGGAGAGAAGAUCCCAGAUCGUUCUUGGGGCUCACUCAAUAACCAAGAAAGAGCCUGAAAAACAGAUCAUGUUCGUUAAGAAAGAGUUUCCCUAUCCAUGCUAUGACCAGGACACGCAUGAGGGUGAUCUUAAACUUCUAAAGCUGAACAAAAAAGCAACAAUUAAUAAAAACGUGGCUAUCCUUCCUCUCCCUAAAUUGGGGGAUGAUGUGAAACCGGGAACUAUGUGUCAAGUUGCAGGGUGGGGUAUGUUUCACAAUAAUUCACCUCAGUCUGAUAUUUUGAGAGAGGUCAAUGUCACCGUCAUAGACAGAAAAAUCUGCAACGAUCAAAGGCACUAUAAUUAUAACCCUGUGAUUGGACUGAAUAUGAUUUGUGCCGGAAGCCUUCACGGUGGAAGAGACUCCUGCAAUGGAGAUUCUGGAAGCCCUUUGAUAUGUGAAGGCAUUUUCAGAGGCAUCACUGCCUUUGGCAUUCCAGGGAAAUGCGGAGACCCUCGAGGACCUGGCGUCUAUAUUCUCCUCUCAAAGAAACACCUCAGCUGGAUAGCUAAGACUAUGAAACAUGCAGUUUAG